AUGGAACAGUCUAAUGAUUCAUUAAGAGUCAACCAUAAUGAUUCUGAAGAAUCAAAAACAGAUUCUCAGGUAUUUGAGCAUCUAACCUGUAUGGACUCCAGGGAUCCUUCCUUUGGACAAAAUGGUUCUCCUAGAAUUUUACCCAUCACCUCUCAUGAAGUAGAUAAUUCACUCACAUCACAGAAUAUACCAGGGACCCUGACUCAGACACAGACUCUUUCUACAGAACAAUUCCAUCUAGUGGACCAAAAUGGGCAGCCUAUUCAAUAUGAACUUCAGUCAUUGGGGGAUUCUAAUGCACAAAUGAUGAUUGUUCCUAGCCCAUCAGAAAAUGGACAGGUGCUGCGUGUAAUUCCAUCUACCCAGACAGGAAUGGCACAAGUAAUUAUUCCUCAGGGGCAGCUUGUGGAUGUGAAUAGCCCUCAGGAUGUCUCUGAAGAGAAACCCGGUGACAGAAACUUACCAACCAUAAGAGUGGAUGUUCUAGCAGACAAUACCAGUAAUUAUACUCUUCAUCCACAAGCAUCCCUCACAUUGCCCAAAAAGACUGUGGCCAGAAUGCUUGAAGAGCCCUUUCUGGCUCCUCUCCAGCCACUUUCUUCUAACACACCUAUGUGGGCUUGCCGUCUUAGGAGCUGUGAGAAAAUUGGAGAUUCUUACCGUGGCUACUGUGUAAGUGAGACUGAAUUAGAAAGUGUCCUAACAUUUCACAAGCAGCAAACUCAGAGUGUUUGGGGGACCCGCCAAUCUCCAAGUCCAGCCAAGCCAGCUACACGCUUGAUGUGGAAAUCUCAAUACGUUCCAUAUGACGGAAUCCCAUUUGUCAAUGCAGGGAGUAGAGCCGUGGUAAUGGAGUGUCAGUAUGGGCCAAGGAGAAAAGGUUUCCAGUUAAAAAAAAUCAGUGAACAGGAAAGCAGGUCUUGUCAGCUCUACAAAGCCACUUGUCCAGCCCGGAUUUACAUUAAAAAGGUACAGAAGUUUCCUGAAUAUAGAGUUCCUACAGACCCCAAAAUUGACAAGAAAAUAAUCCGAAUGGAGCAGGAAAAAGCCUUUAACAUGCUAAAGAAGAAUUUGGUAGAUGCUGGUGGUGUUCUUAGAUGGUAUGUACAGUUACCUACAAAGCAAGCUCAUCAGUAUCACGAGUUAGAAACUUCCUGCCUUGCUUUGUCACCUUCCCCUUUUCCUGUGCCUUCUCUUGAAGAAGAGGAAACUGCAAUUAGGGAUGAAAAUUGCGCAUUACCCUCACGUCUACAUCCUCAAGUAGCACAUAAGAUUCAAGAAUUAGUGUCACAAGGAAUAGAACAAGUGUAUGCAGUAAGGAAACAGCUAAGAAAAUUUGUGGAAAGAGAACUAUUUAAACCUGAUGAGGUGCCUGAAAGACAUAACUUAUCCUUUUUUCCAACUGUAAAUGAUAUUAAAAAUCACAUCCAUGAGGUACAGAAAGCCUUGAGAAAUGGAGAUAAUGUGUAUAACUCAGAUAUUAUUCCAGCAACGCUUCAGUGGACUACAGAUAAUGGGCAUAUUCUCAGAGAGACUGUGACAGUUACAUUUGCAGAAGGAAAUUCACCAGGAGAAUCAAUUAGCACCAAAGUGGAAACAAAUCAGACAAGGGGUUCUUUGUCUCCAGAGCCAGCCCACUUGCUCUCUUCACUUUCCUCAUUUCAGCCAAAAGUAUUUACUCAACUGCAGGGUUUGCAGUUGCAACCAAGAUUCACUUCUCCUGAUGGAUCACCGACUCUGAUAUCAGUAAAUAACCACCCUUCCUCCAGUCCUUCAAGACUUCUGGACUCAUUAGAAAGUACUGUAAUGAAUAAUAAUUCUCUACUGCUUGGUCAAAGUCAUAGCCUUCAAACAGAUACAUGCCUGACCCCAAACAAUAGCAUUAUUACCUCUACCAUGGGUAACCUUCCAGGACCAGAUCAAAAUCUAGCUGCAAUGGACCAGCUGGUGCAAGUUGGAGAUGUUGAGGAUACAGAGAAUAUGGAAGGAAGUGUUCAUCGGAUUCUGUUGGGAAAUGUGCAAACCAUCCCAAUACAAAUUAUAGAUAACCACCCAGCUAUUAUUGGAGAAAAUCCAGAAGGUACCGUUUCUGUGAACCAAGUUAAGCAAGAACCCAAAGAACCAGCAUUGUCUAUGGAAGCAAAAAAAAAUUUGGACUGUAAGAAAUUAUCUACUACAUAA